CCCUGAAACAUUACCAAAUCAGCCAGUCCAUCAUGACUGUCAACAUCCCAGGAGUGAUAGUGAUGGUGUUUUUCUACCUGCUGGUCCUGGGGACUGGCAUCUGGGCUUCUUUCAAGUCCAAAAGGAAACAGAAGAAAAGUGCCGCCACUGGAAUGGACAUGGCCCUGCUGGGAAACAGGAGCAUUAACUGGGUGGUGGGCAUCUUCACAAUGACAGCGACGUGGGUUGGCGGGGGAUUCAUUGUUGGUACCGUUGAGGUGGUGUACACGCCCUCCAUGGGACUAACCUGGACAAUCAUAAUGGAAUUGGCAUACAGCUCAUCUUUUAUUAUUGCUGGCGUGGUGUUCGCCAAGCCACUGAGAGAAAGAAACUGUGUGACCAUGCUGGACCCUUUCCAUGUCAAGUAUGGAAAAGUAAUAGCAGCUGGACUGAGCCUGGCUUCACUUUUCAUUGAUUUGAUCUGGGUGCCAACGACAUUAAUUGGUUUAGGAGGAAUCAUGAGUGUGGUCCUGCAUUUGCCCUUCGCUGUGUGCAUCUGGAUCUCUGCUGCCAUCGCCAUUAUCUACACACUGCUGGGGGGUCUCUACUCUGUGGCCUACACAGAUGUGAUACAGCUUGUCCUCAUAUUCAUCAGCUUGUGGCUCUGUGUUCCCUUUGUCCUGAUGAAUCCCCACUCCUUGGACAUUAGCCAGACGCUGUUGAACAACACCUUACAUGCACCCUGGAUUGGUAAACUGGAGCUGAAUAGGACCUGGAUAAUGAUGGAUGAUUUCUUAUUCUUUGCCCUGGGGAGCCUGGGAUAUCAGUGCAUCCACCAGAGGACUUUGUCAGCAUCUUCCUUAGCCACAGCAAAGCUCACCUGCUGUGCUGCUGCUCUCCUCUUGGUUGUAUGUGGGAUCCCUCCUAUACUGCUUGGGGCAGCUGCUGCAUCCACAGACUGGAACCUGACAGCAUACGGUUCUCCAUCCCCGUAUGAUCGUGGGGAAGCAGCACUGGCUCUGCCGAUCGCCCUGGAGUACCUCACCCCAGCCUUCAUGUCCAUUGUCGGCAUUGGAUGUGUGGCCGCUGCUGUGAUGUCGUCAGUUGACUCUGCUUUGCUCUCUGCAGCUUCUGUCUUCAGCUCCAACAUAUACAAGAACAUCAUGAGGCCUCAGGCAUCGGACAGAGAAAUUCAGUGGGUGAUCCGUGCUUCUGUGGUGGUAGUCGGCGUGGUUGGUACAUCACUCACCAGCCUGAAAAAUAGUGUGGUAAUGUUCUGGUUAAUUGGUGCUGAAGUGGCCUACGCCAUCGUCUUCCCUCAACUGACCUGCGUCCUCUUCUUCAACAUCUCCAACGGUUACGGGGCUGUAAUGGGUUUUCUGGUGGGAGUGGUAUUAAGACUGCUGAGCGGAGACUCAUCACUCGGGAUAGCACCAGUCAUACACUUCCCAGGAUGCACUCUGGAGGACAGUGUUUAUGUCCAGUACUCCCCAGUUAAGACCAUCUCCAUGCUGUCUGCCUUUGCUGCAAUCUUGUUGUUCUCCUACCUGGCUUCUGUACUCUUCAACAAAGGCCUGCUUCCUGAGAGGUGGGAUGUGUUCAAAGUGAAAGCCCAGCAUUCAACGCCACCACUGAGACCAGUUGAACAUAAUGAGGAUGACAAGUUGGACAGAAACGACUCUCAGAGUGAGGUGGCACAACCAAUGAUGAGCACAAAGUGCUAGUGUUCCUGUGUGUACAGCAGCAUCUGUUUUCUUGAUCUGUAAUGUAGACCAGCGGUUACUCAGCUUCAUUAUAGAGAGAAAACGGAUCUGCACCGAGAGGCAGGAGGGAGAGGGAACAGAUAAAGGAUUCAGGAUUUUUCUCUUUCUGAAUGACUUCUGCAUUCCAUGGUUCAUUGUAUAUACACAUCAGGUUUUCUGGGUUCUGAGGGAAAACAGUAGAAAUGGUCUUUUUAUUUAAAAAAUUACAAUAAAAAGAGGGAUAACUGACUGUUGUUUGCAUUCGGAGAGUGGAGUAUGCUGACAUAGGCAUGCUGCUCUUAACAGCAGCAUUAUGGGUGGAAAUGCGGUGCAGCGACUCCGUUUUCAUGCUUAAUUGAAAUCUGUACGUGGAAAAGUCAUUUAUAAUUUUUCAAACACAACAGUCCUUAUAAAAUAAAUGUUUCAUCACUUCUUAUCUGUGCUGUUUCAGCUCAAAGUGUUCUAUGCCCCAGCUUCCCUUACUGCUUCUUCAAGGUCACGUUCUUUACUGCUCACAAGGUCUCCACUCAGAGGGAAUUUGUAUUCCAUUGUACUGACAACAAGCAAACCAUUGGCUCUGCCACUGGCUGGCGAUCUUCCAAAAUGAAUAGGCAACUAAAUUACUCACUCACUUUCACUUCAGAUUCUGUGAGUACAGGUCCAGUCCUCCCCAGGACAAUCAGCAUCCAAAAACAGCUUUUCUUCACCCAUUUAAAGAGGAGCCAGUGAGGCCCACAGCUUGUAGGGCUGCAGCAACACUCACUUGAUGUGAUAUGCAAAACUAUGCUAUGCUCCUUCAAUGAGUGUUUAAUGUAAAGUACCUGGGUUAAUAUCCAGGAAUGAACUUAUGCUACCGCUGACACUAACACCACAAUAUGGCAGUGAUUAUUGAUUAAAAAAGAAGAAAGAAAGAAAA